UGAUCACACCACCCAGCACUCAAGAAUUUAAAGAUACCUUUCCCAUUUAUUUUGAUGACUUCAUCGAGGGGUCAGUUAUAGUUUAUCAUAACAAUCAAACUCUUGAUCAAGCAGAUAUAACCUCUAGUAACAAUAAUCGACUAAAUCUGCAUCCAAAAUACACGGCAUAA